GUGCAGGAGGUCGAUGAGGCUUACUACCAGAAGGUGGAGUUGGAAUCCAAGCUGGAGUACCUGACCAACCUGAUUGAGUUCCUGAAGUUGCUCUACGCUGAGGAGAUCGAGGAGCUCCAGUCCAAGGUGAAAACGACCGCAGUCACGUUGACGGUGAAGAACCAGCGGCGCCUGGACAUGAGGGGCGUCAUUGAAGACGUGAAGCUGCAACACGCCGACAUCGCAGCGCGGAACAAGGCGGAGGCCGAAUACUGGUACCAGAACAUGUCGCGUGAUCUGGAGCAAGACAGGAGCCGACAGAACGAUGAGCUGCGAAACUCCAAGACCGAGGAGGCCGAUCUCAUCCGUCAACUGCAGCGACUGAAGGCAGAAAUCGACAACUGCCAGAACCAGCGAUCGUCGCUGGAGGCGACCGUGGUGGAGGCGGAUGAACGGGGGCAGAUGAUGAUCAAGGAGGGGAAGGUCCACGUGGAGGAGCUGCAGGGGGCGAUACGCAAGGUGAAGACUGACCUGGUGGAUCAGGCCCGUGAGCACCAAGAGCUGCUCAACGCCACCAUGGCCCUGGACAUGGAGAUCGCCACCUACCGCAAGCUGAUGGACGGGGAGGAUGAGAGAGAUGGCGUCCCGAACAGCGGAACGGUUCGAGUGAUCCAAUCAACGUCCAAGCACAACAGACCUACAACACUGAAUUAUUAAGAUUUCUGGGACAGCGUGGAGGGCGAUGGGAUGGUGACGCUGGUCGUACAAGCACGGAGACCGCUUCCUCCUCACCAACACCACGGCAACGGCCACAAGGAGACACUCUGCCCGAGGGUCCAUGGGGCCUGUCGGUCACCGUGAAGAUCCGACAUCACCACCAUCAACGUCCCACUGUGCACCUCCUCGCAAACCUUUCCUGCAGUCUCUCUCUCUCUCUCUCCUAAUCUGCUCUGGGCUUUGCCCCCCCAACCCCACCCCCACCCCAACC